UGAGGUGACGGUAGAUUAGUUUCUGAUUAGUUCUGGACUGUAAAAGCUUGGACUUACGUGCAAAUUCAGAAAAAUUAAAGUCUUAGAUACAAAACAUGAACGGCCGACAGGGUCUGAUUCUCGAAACAUCAUUAGACUGUGGCUUGCACUGUAGAGGUGGUAUCCUCAUCCUGUAGAGUGUGGCUUGCAUUGCAGAGCAAUCUGGUAUCCUAAUCCUAUAGGGUGUGGCAUGGAUUGUAGAGCUGAUAUCCACAUCCUUUGUGGCAUCUUAUCUCCUGUUGAGACUAUGAGUAGGAGUGGUCUGCACUAUGAAUACAAAUGCCUGCCCUCAUCGGCCCCGACUCCAACGAGGCGUGGCACGGUGGCCGGCAGCAGCACGGCACAGGGCGGAGGAGGAUGGCAGCGCAGUCGCUGACGCUGAGCAGCGGGUAUGAGAUGCCGAUGGUGGGGUUGGGAGUGUGGCGGAUGGAGCCCUCCGCCAUCCGCGGCCUCAUCCACUCCGCCCUCCGCAUUGGAUACCGCCACUUUGACUGCGCUGCUAAAUACCAAAACGAGGCUGAAGUUGGUGAUGCACUUGCAGAGGCAUUCCAAACUGGUCUUGUCAAGAGGGGGGAUCUUUUCAUCACUACUAAGUUGUGGAACUCAGAUCAUGGGUGUGUGAUUGAAGCAUGCAAGGAUAGCUUGAAAAAGCUGCAGCUAGAUUAUCUUGAUCUCUACCUUGUCCACUUCCCAGUAGCUAGUCGGCAUACUGGAGUUGGCACGCCUGGCAGUGCUCGUGGUGAUGAUGGUGUGCUAGACAUUGAUACCACUAUCUCGUUGGAGGCAACGUGGCGUGCAAUGGAAGAUCUUGUUUCGAUGGGAUUGGUUCGCAGCAUUGGGAUUAGCAACUAUGACAUAUUCCUUACCAGAGACUGUUUGGCUUAUGCCAAGAUAAAGCCCGCAGUCAAUCAAAUUGAGGCACACCCCUAUUUCCAGCGGGACUCUCUCAUCAAGUUCUGCCAGAAACAUGGGAUCCGUGUCACGGCGCAUACACCCCUCGGUGGCUCCACUGCCAAUACCGAGUUGUUUGGCUCCAUCUCAUGCCUCAACGACAUUGUCAUCAAGUCUCUGGCUGAGAAAUAUGGCAAGACACCGGCGCAGUUUGUCCUCCGGUGGGGGCUCCAGAGGAACACAGCGGUCAUCCCCAAGACAUCCAAGGAGGAGAGGCUGCUGGAGAACUUUGCAGCGUUCAAUUUCGCCAUCUCCGACGAGGACAUGGAGAAGAUGAAAUCCAUUGACCGGAAACACCGCACCAACCAGCCUGGCAAGUUCUGGGGCCUCGAUCUGUUUGCUGGAUGAAUGGUAGUCUAUAGCACGAACAAUAAUUGGGGCUUGCUUGUUGUGCCAUCAUCUUUUUCUGAACAGAAACUUCUUGUGUUUUCGUCCUACUCCUGUCGUGCCGUUAAAUAAACUUGAUUUGUAUAUGUAUAUGCCAUUUCGGCAGCACGCCUAAUUCUAGUCAACCCUUGGUUUGUGAAAUCU